GAUAUCCUUGGAUCAGUGGUGGAGACAGCCUGACUGGGAGCCACAGGGCACACUUAGAUAGCACUAACACAAAGAUUGGCACAUAUCUGUCAGAUAGCACCCUGGUGGUGACACAUUUUCCCUACUGAUGACACAGUCAGGAAGCGUACAGCCCUUGCGUGGGUGUGUACCUAGAUCUCUAUAUAAUGUAUAUGUGAUGAGCAGUCGGCGCGUCUUGCCGAUCAAGAGCCCAUCAGCGCUGAUGACUUUGUAACCAUUUCUCUGACCUUGUGGGAAUUAAAUAAUAGAAAUAUACUUUACUGUUUCGAGAGUCUUACGUCUCCAGUAUAGUUAAGUGGCGGUCGUCUGAAGGGUAAAACGGACCGGGACCACUGGGGUGUUUCACCGCCACCAGGGUGCGGUAGCUCUAACAAACUGGUGUUUCCACCCGGACCCAAAGGACGACGUACCAACUUCCGUUUUUUCGGUCAGGACGCCAUUCCGGAAGAAAAAUACAACGUGCGGCCGCACAAAAAAGGAUACGACCAACAACAACAACAGGGCAUACAACUACGGGGGGUGGAGGACCCACCGUCCUUCAUGAAAAAGGGAAGCCCUGACUGGAGAACCAAAGGGAGAGACUCCGGAGCAGAUUGCCCCUGGGGAGUGGAUAUACAGAAAAGUGUUCCACAGAACGUGGAAAGACCCCAGGUGGAUUGGACCCUUUAAGGUGGUAAGCUCAACCACUUACAGUCUGAAGGUUUGGCUCGACGAAGCUGAAACCAAGGUAAGCAGAUCUUGGCACAAAUCACACUGCAGAAAGGGCACACCUUCCACAGAGAGGAACCUCAGAGAAAUCAGAAAGCACCUGAGGGAUAUUGGAGAAAACAUUGAGGAGUAAGAAUGUUGCUGUGUUGCAGCAAAGUAUCGGGGGGAGGACAGUCUAGUUUGAUUUUAUUUUUCUUUGUUUCUAGUUUAAUCUAUGCUGAACAAACUCAUUUUGAUACCACAACCUCCCGCAUGAACGAUUCUAGAUCGUUUGUGCACAGGGCCAAGCGCGAUGCGCCGGUCUGGAAAAGAUCGUCGGAUCCCUGCAUCAAAUAUUACGGUGGCUUAGAGUUAAACUAUACUCUGGGUAGCUCAGUAACUUUCCAAUUCGAUCUCUGUGACGUCAUUGACUGUGGGGGGGGACCCUACAACUUGGAGGGGUUAUGACGUUUACAUGUGUCACUUCCUGUAUGGCGCACCUGUUGGGGGCACAUGGUGUCCCCGAUGGAGUUAUGUGGGCUGGAACACUGGCCCAGGGGGGUAUGUAGCACCACAAUCCGGUGACUUGAAAGAACUACAGGAAAAGAAAAUUGGGCUGAUGAGGGGGCAACUGACCACGACCUCCAUGGGGGGGGAAGACAUGGGGUUAAAUUCAUUGCUACUGAGUGUGACGGACCUUAGGAAGAACGUGUAUUACUGCGGCAAACACCAGCUCAAUAACUGUCAGAAACAGGGGGAUAAAGGGUUUUACCUUAUUUUGGGGGUGGAAGCCACAGGCGUAGAUACUAAAGGGCUCAUACGUUUUAAUCUGUUGGGCUCACAACACCCUAACUAUCAAGCUAAGGACCCAGUACAGACAGCCCGUGUGCGGGCUUUUGAUAGCACUAAGAUUUCAUACUCACAACAGCUGCAAUUAGCUACAGGGUACUCCCAGAAAAACACCUGGCUCCUGUUGAUUCAGGACGCGGCGCACAAAGCCCAGAAGGGAAAUUGCAUUGUAUGUGCACAGGCCAGACCAAAUCUGAUUCUUACUGAAACCGCUUUUGAAUACACAACCAAUGGUUCCAGCCCAGCGACAAAUUCAAGUGAUAUCAACUGCCUACUUCAGGUUAUGUCCAAUGAUAAUCUGAACUCGAGAUGUGCUGGAUGGGAUGCCAUUUUUCCAGUGGCCCCGCAAAACACUACGCCUCCCAUCUUCCAACCGACAAUGUUAACGAAGGUGACCUGCUUUAAUAAUGGGAACGCUGCAGACGGGCACUUUAGUGUUGGUCGCCUGUCACCUAAAUACUGUGUGAUUACUUACGACCUGACAGGGGUUAGAACUGCUGGACAGUUACUGGUGAACAGGGCUGACGUGUGGUGGUAUUGCGGUGGUGACACCUUGCGGGGUUGGCUGCCUGUGAAUUGGAGGGGCCGAUGUGCUUUAGUUUCCCUGCUGUCACCUAUCCAGGUCGUGUCCGAAGCGGACUGGUCAGCAUCCUUGGGGGAUGUUACCCGUAACCAUGUCAGGAGACGAUCUGUAGAUCUGUUUAAAGAUUCACCUGUGUGGAUUGAUGCAAUCGGGAUCCCGCGUGGGGUGCCCGAUGAGUAUAAAUUGGCCAAUCAGGUUGCAGCGGGGUUUGAAUCUAUAUUUAUAUGGAUCACCCCAAACAAAAAUGUUGAUCGAAUUAAUUAUAUACAUUAUAAUGUACAAAGGCUUUCGAACCUUACUCGAGAUGGGUUUGAGGCAGUUCAUGGACAGCUUUCUGCCACAUCCUUAGUCGCCUAUCAAAAUAGAUUGGCUUUGGACAUGGUCCUGGCAAAGGUGGGAGGGGCGUGUAGUAUAAUCGGCGAUGCAUGUUGUUCUUUUAUCCCAAAUAACACAGCUCCUGAUGGAUCCCUAACAAAAGCAAUAAGAGGCCUGCAGUCUUUGUCAAAGGAGCUAAACGCUGACUCUGGAAUAGAAAACAAAUUCACUGCGGUGAUGGAAAAAUGGUUUGGAAAGUGGGGAAGUUUUGUCGUGAGUAUAUUCUCUUCUUCAGUCAUUGUUGUUGCAAUGUUUGCUGUCUGUGCCUGCUGUUGUGGGCCGUGCCUACGGGCACUGUUUUUCAGGUGCGUGGACAAGGCUUUGGGAGCCCAAGCUGCGAGAGGGUGGGCCGCUCCUCUUGCCUACCAGAUGUCGAUGGUUCAGUCAUCGGCUCCUUUGCACAUAGGAGCCGAUGAGGGGGAGACUGUGAUCCGGCUUUUAAGCCCCACAGACAACGAUGUCUGAACUAAGAGGGGAGAAAACCUUCUCUCCUAAUAUCCUUUAUGCUUCGAUUUUUUUUAUUUUAUUUUAAACAGUGGUCAACAUGAUUAAGAAUAGAAUCGGAACAGAUACAGUGUGAAGUAAAUGAUUAUGAAUAUUAUGGGGGAGGACACACAAGGUGAAAUGAAGCGAGUAACCGGAUCUUCCUCUGUAGCAUAAAGAAAAUCAAAAAAUUUUUAAAACCUAGAAAUGUUAAUGAUUUUAAGUCAGAGCUGUAAUUAGUGAGCAGAAAGAGGGUCAAACGCAUUCAGACAAGAGGUUCUGGUCUGAUCACAUUGAGAUAAGGACGCCACUAAUUUGAAGGAUUUUUUAAACAAUUUAUAUAUACAGAAAAAUCACUUAAGUUAUUUCCGCAAGGUCUAAAUGUGUUAUGCAAGAAAGGCAUGGCUAAAGAAUGAUUUGUGUCCUCCCAUAUUAGAGCCAUGCUUGAAUGUCAAAUUGUAUACUGUGUAUAACCAUUCCUUCUCCAGAGGAGGACCACGCCUGGUUGGAAGACAGAAGGAGCAUACAGAGGUGGAAAAGAGGACGACUGUUAGGGUCUACAUUAACUGAUUCACAUGAUGCUUAGUCAGAUUUUAAAGCUGUGCUUAGGGGCAGUGUUUAUUCUCUCUCUCUUUCCUUAAUCAAGCACAUAUAGAAUGAUUUGGGCUAGCUCACUACACUACACUACACUACACUACGCAGAAGGUUACCGGAGAAAUGGCGUUCCCACCCUUGGGGGGAGGGCAGGGAUCCACGUGCUAGCCGGAUGGAACCUCCUGAUUACAUAUAGGUUUACGGGGUAACAAGGGGAUGUGAUUGUUCUUGCAGAGGGACAGCCUGCGGGCGGUUCUACCACUGAUCCGGGUCCGGAUGAUCUUCCUUAAUGAUGUGUCAUUUAGGCACAUCAUGGGGGGGUCUGUAAGGAUAUCCUUGGAUCAGUGGUGGAGACAGCCUGACUGGGAGCCACAGGGCACACUUAGAUAGCACUAACACAAAGAUUGGCACAUAUCUGUCAGAUAGCACCCUGGUGGUGACACAUUUUCCCUACUGAUGACACAGUCAGGAAGCGUACAGCCCUUGCGUGGGUGUGUACCUAGAUCUCUAUAUAAUGUAUAUGUGAUGAGCAGUCGGCGCGUCUUGCCGAUCAAGAGCCCAUCAGCGCUGAUGACUUUGUAACCAUUUCUCUGACCUUGUGGGAAUUAAAUAAUAGAAAUAUA